AUGUCAAUAUAAACAAAAAGUGAAAAUUUUCUGUGCGUCCCUAAUUUUCUACGAAAAUCCGGCGAAAUCUCCCGAAAAUGACCAUAAUUUGGUGAAAAGUUCGUUCCGCGUGGGUGGCCGCCGGUCGGCACGAUGGAGGAAACUGGCGAUCUGCAGCUGUGUCGCGUUUGUGCGGAAAAUUGUCGCGAUCGGCCGUACGUUUCGCUCGCGGAGGUGCACGGAGAGAAAUCCUACCUGGAAAUGGUGGCGUUUUGCGGACAAAUUGAGAUCUCAAACGAAACCGACUUGCCAAAAAUCAUUUGCACGGUUUGUUGUGUUCAGCUCACCGAAACCUACCGAUUUUGUAUGAAAUGUCGCUCGGCGGAGCAAACAAUACGACUGAAAUGCUCUCAAAACAAAGAAACCGAAGACGAGCUUCCGGACAAAAUUGCCGAGGAGCUGAUCGAGCUGCCCGAUCUACGGCAGACGACGGCCAAAGAUUGCAACGAAAUUCUGGUCGAUCUCAUGACUCCCGGGGAGGACGAGCUGUUUGACGAAAUUAUCGAGGAGAAUCAUUUUAGCGAUGGGGAUUCGUUCGGGGAUGAAGUUGAGGUGGGAAAUUUCGAGGAAGAAGUUGCGCUGCAGGAGUUGCCGAUUUUUGACGGCGAACCGUUGCUGAUCGCAGAGGACGGUUUGGGUGUUAUUUUGACUGCUAGCGAACAGAAUGUAGAGAUGCUGGAUGAUGAGCAGAGUCAGGAACGGACGUAUCACACGAUGGUAUCGGUGUUUGAUCAGUACAACAACGAAACUCAGUUAAAUGAGCCCACCAAUGUUGAUCCGGUACUAAGCGAUCCGAUUCCAAGUGAAAUCGAACAGUUCAACUUCUUGGAAGUCCAAGAGGACGAUUCUACGGAGGAAUCCGACGAUGUUUCAAUUGAUCAGACGGAAACUGUUGCUAGAAAACAACCCGUUGGGAGGAAACGAAGUGGUAACGUUCUCCCACCAAAAGCCAUGAUUGUUGAACAAGCAGAUCACGGUGAUUUUGACGUGAUUCACUACUCUGGAGUGGCGUGCUGUGGCUGCGAUCAGUACUUCAAAAACCAGGAAGAGCUACUGGAACACUGCCAAAUAGUCCACCAACUGGACGAAGUUCCGAGCGAUUUCUUCUGCCCGCACUGCUACAAAUCGUUUCGGGGACCGGUUCUGCUCGAAAAGCACAUGCACGUCUGGGCUUUUUCGGAGAUUUUCUCGUGCAAACUGUGCAAGUAUAAUUGCCGGGAAGAAUCCGUCAUGGAACGACACCUGGAAUCUUCGGUGAUUCAUGACAAGCCGAUGCCGGCGUUGGAUAAAGUUGGGCAGGUUUUUGACAAGCUUCCAAUCAAAGGAUUGAUGUGUUGUGAGUGCUAUCAUCAGUUUCCUAAGGACGAUGAAUUGCAGAAGCAUUACGAAGAAAUUCAUCAUCCGGAACGUCCGAAAACGGAAGCUGAUGCCGAGCUUGAUACAGGUCACUAUUUUUGUCAGGAUUGUCACCAGAUCUUCCGCAACAAGCACAAGUACGAUUUGCACGUCAAAAAUGCAAAAAUGGACUUUAUAUUUUGUUGCAAGCACGAGUUUUGCACCUACCAAACACCGAACAUAAAUUUUGCCAAAUUCCAUAUGCGCAGCAAAGAUCACGAAUCGCUUGCGAACGAGCAAUCCACGAGCGAAACCGUUGACGAGUACAUACAACGUCGUUGCUGCUUCCGAAAAUGUCUGGAUGUGUUCGACUCGAAGAAAGCGCUGAUGGAACACGUCGAUCAAGUCCACCGUAUGAAGCAGCUGGAGAACGAGAUGCGUCGGAAAAAGUCCACCAACGUUUGCUCGAUUUGCAUGUGUAAUUUUGGAACCCGACGCGCACUCAAACAGCACCUCCAACCAAAAGUCAAAGGAUUCAUUUGUGAAAUCUGCCAGGAAUCUCACGUUUCAGCGUUCCACCUUAAAACCCACUUCAAAAAAGUCCACUCCUCCGGGCUUCGAUCCCGUGACUACAAAUGUGACGAAUGUCCGUGCACGUUCGUCAACGCGGAAUAUCUGCGCAAGCACAAACUCAAAGGACACGACAAAGAGCAUGUCUGCUCGAUCUGCGAGCGCACGUUCAAAAACAAGGAAGGCCUCUGGACCCACUGGCGAAUCCACAACAAGCAAACCAAGCACGAGUGCGAAUCCUGCAAAAAAGCCGGCAAGCGGUACAGCUUCCGUGACGUAAAAACGCUCAAUCGGCAUUUUAAAAUCUCCGAGUCGCACAACGGCAACCGCAAGUUCGCAUGCGCCGUAGAGGGUUGUACCAGCGCGUACGCGCACAAACCGGACCUGAAGCGGCACGAGAUGACAGUACACAAGGGAAUUCUGCCGUGCCGCUGUAAGUUCUGCGACAAGGGAUUCGUGCGGGAGCGAGAUUUGCGACUGCAUGAGCGGGUUCAUACGGGAGCGAAGCUGUACAACUGCAAGCGGUGCAACGCGGGGUUUAACGUGUACCACAAGUACAAACUGCACUGCAAGGAGAAGCACGGGUUUACGGUGAUGAUCGAUAGUAGGCCGAAGGGAGGGUCGUAAGGAGUAUUUUUUCAUGCAAUACCAGUAUUUAUACGUGUGAUUUAGUUCAGUAUUUAACCAACGAAGAGACUUUAAUGUACGUCGUAGUAAAUUAACCCAGUGCCAAUAUUUAUAGAAUUAUACUAACAAAUACUUAACUUCCUUGCCAAAAACUAGCAACAAUGUGUGCACAAAACUAGUCAAAUUGUAAGUAAUCGUAACUGAACGUGGUGUGAUCGUAAAUAAAAAGAAAUCCAAAAA